UCGUUUCUCUUCUUUGAGUAAAUCCUCAGUCUGACUCACCUCCAGGUUACAAUGUGCAAAAGUCAGUCAAGUUACAUUUCCACAUCCAGGCUGCUGUCACAUCAUGUGGCGUCAUGAACACACACACCGCCAGGUCAACAGUACGGAAACUUGAGCUUUGGGCGGAUAGUUUGGAAGUCUCAGCUCCCUUCAUGGGCUACAACGCCACUAUGCUAGCAACAGGAAUGCUACUACUUUAGAAGUAAACUAUAAGUAGAUUUGUAGCUGUUGUUUUUGUGUUUCAGUAUGGGUGACUCGGACGUGGCCAGGGCCUCAACUCGCAGGAGACGGGCGACUUUCGCGGCGGGACGCAGUGUCAGUCUGCUGCCGGUGAACGGGAAGUCUGCAGCGGGCUAUCGGAGCUCACUGCCCGCUGGCAUUAGCAGCCUCAAUGGCCAGGGAAAACCAGACUGUUCACCGGAGACAGUCGGCUCUAAAUCAAAGAGUGAGAAAAGGAAACGGAGGAGUGACAUAGGAGACAGACUGAGCUGCCAUAAGACCCAGGAGUCCUUGCUGAGUUCAGCCAGUGGUUACAAUAACUACAGAGGAAUCCUCAACUGGUGCGUGGUCAUGCUGGUGCUGAGUAAUGCCCGCCUCUUCUUAGAAAACCUCUUAAGGUACGGUGUCCUGGUGGACCCCAUCAAGGUGAUUUCCUUGUUUGUGAAUGAUCCGUACAGCUGGCCAGCAGCAUGCCUGCUGAUUGUGUCCAACAUCUUCAUCGUGGUGGCUCUCUACACAGAGAGGCAGCUGUCCAAGGGUUCAUUCAGUGAAGUUUUGGGAUUUCUGGUCCAUUGCACUAACCUGACAAUCAUGCUAACAUUCCCUGCUGCAGUGGUCCUACUGGUCCCCUCCAUGACCCCAGUUGGAGGUGCGUUCAUUCUUGGUACUUACACCAUCCUCUUUCUGAAGCUGUACUCCUACAAGGACGUCAACAGGUGGUGCAGAGAGCUGAGCACCGUCAAGGCCAAGAAACUGGCCAGAUCGCUGUCCUGUCCCUCAGCACAGCACCCCAGGGAAGUUAAAGUGUGUUACCCUGGAAACCUCACCAUCAGAGACAUGUACUACUUUGUCUUUGCUCCGACUCUCUGCUACGAGCUCAACUUCCCUCGCUCGCCUGAGAUCCGUAUGAGCUUCCUGCUGUGGAGACUGUGUGAGAUGAUGUUCUUCACACAGCUGUUAGUUGGUCUCACUCAACAGUGGAUGAUUCCCGUUAUUCAGAGUUCCAUGAAACCAUUAGAGGACAUGGAUCUGUCCCGAAUGACCGAGAGGCUUCUAAGAUUAGCUGUUCCUAAUCACCUGCUGUGGCUCGUGUUUUUUUACUGUUUCUUCCACUCGUCUAUGAACUUCAGUGCUGAGCUGCUGCGCUUCGGAGACCGACAGUUCUACAAGGACUGGUGGAACUCUGAGACGGUGACAUAUUUCUGGCAGAACUGGAACAUCCCAGUCCACAAGUGGUGUCUACGCCACUUCUACAAGCCGCUGCUGAGGAAAGGAUUCAGUAAAAUAGUCAGCCAAUCAGCUGUCUUCUUCCUGUCAGCUUUCUUCCAUGAGUACCUGGUGAGUGUUCCUCUCAGGAUGUUCAGACUCUGGGCCUUCAUGGGUAUGAUGGCACAGCUUCCAUUAGCCUGGAUUGUUGGUACCUUUCUACAUGGUAACUACGGCAACGCUGCAGUGUGGAUCUCACUCAUUAUUGGUCAGCCAUUCGCCGUCUUGAUGUACGUCCACGACUAUUACGUCCUGAACUACAGACAGGAGAUUGACACGCACACACAAAUAUAAAGAUAAACACACACACACACACACACACCUUUCCAUCUAUUGUCUCAUUGUUUCUAUACAAACACAUCCAGAUGGUACGUUACUUGUUUUGUUUUUUGUUUUUUAUUUUGCAUACUUAAUUAAUCCCACAGGGGGAAAUUCUGGUUCAUACUCUGUUAUUGAGGGACAUGCUUCUCACACACAUGCACAAACAGGACCUGUGGACGUGCAUUAAUGGAGUGAUGUCAGAGUUGGGCUGCUACACACACUUCUCGAGGGGGCAAGCCAGAGCGGUCAGGGUUCAGUACCUUGCUCAACCUCCCCAGCUACCAGACUAACUUCCAUAUUAUGGUCCGCAUCAGUGCUCAAACCAGCGACCCUCUGGUUCCCAACCCAAGUCCCUAAGGACUGAGCUACUGUGGCCCCCUCACCCAUGUCAGCUUGAUUUUCAGGUUUACAUUUAACAACUCACUCUGUGUUUCCUCCUGCUGAGGAAAAACAUCCUCAAGCUGGGAAAGGUACAAAUAACAAACGGGGAAACAUUUAAGUGUAGAAGUUGAAUACUGAAAUACUACUUCAAGUUUAAAUGGGAAUUUCAGUCCUGUAUCAAGUGAUAUCAUCAUGCAGCUUCUCACUCAGGAGAUUUUUCUUCCUGCAUCUUUUUUUUGAAACCUCUGAAAGCCAGUUUGACCUGAAAUGUUUGGGCUGAAGAGAUAAACUUUUGACUGUGGUACUUCAUAAAGCUUCCAGUAAAAGUUUUGCUCCUUUCUCCCUGAUUUAAAAAAACAUAGCAGCAGAUUGAAGUUCUUUUAAUAAUGUAGUGUCAGAGAUUUUAGAUCUUUGGUCUUUCUUCCAGAGCAGCUUGAGAUUGAACUGCAUUAGCAAAAAAUGAAUGUAUUCUGUUGGUUAUUAUUUAAGGACAGUUUUUAUUUUUGUGGAAAUGCCUGCUUUUCUGUAGUUAUGUAUUUUUUUAUGCAGUGCCAUUGCACUAACACAGAACAUAUCCAGUCACUUAAAAAAGUCUAUGCAAAAGACAAUGAAUAAGUGUGUUUAUAUUGUUAUGCUACUAUCAGAUGGGCGGUAUUUAUGUGUGAUGAUAUUUGUAAAUUGUGAUUGAUAAUAAACAUGUCAAGAAUUCUUGA